AUGACUACUGUUUCUCCAUUGUUGCAGUUCGAGGGUGCGUACAACCCGCGCCGCCUCCGCAACUGGGAGGUCCCCGAGCGGUGGCCUUCAAAGCGAGCCGCCUUCGGCAGAGCUCACCAUCAGCCGCGACCCAUAGCCAACGACCGGGGGCACCUGCUGCCGGGGGUCCCCAGGGGACCACGAGGGCCCUGGGGCUGCUACCGAGGCACCUGGGAACUGCCGAGGCGCAUCACCAGGAAGCAAGCUGAGGAGCUGUCGGUGGUGAACCCCCCGGUCCGCCCGCCACCCGUGGAGCCCAGCUCGUGGCAGAAGCGGUCCGCCUCCAGCGUGCCGGUGCCGGAGAGGUCGCAGGCCGCGCAGGAGGCCAUAGACCGGGCGGCGGAGGCGGCGCCACAGCCUCAAGAGGACCAGCAGGAGGCGGGGCCGGUGAGUGCCACAACUCUGCCAACAGUCAGCACAACUGCGGCUCCGUAUUCCACUGUGACUCUUCACCUCUUCAGUAACUCUCCACCACUGCACCUAUUCAUCCCCAACAGCCCAUUUUUUGUAAGUCCUCCAUAA